AUGGGUCGCAGAAAGAUUGAAAUCAAGGCCAUCAAAGAUGAUCGCAAUCGUUCAGUUACAUUCCUGAAGCGAAAGGGUGGUCUCUUUAAGAAAGCGCAUGAGUUGGCCGUUCUUUGUUCCGUCGACGUCGCCGUCAUUAUCUUCGGGCAAAAUAAGAAGCUCUACGAAUACUCCUCAUGUGACAUGCACGAUGCGCUUGCGCGCUACCAAUAUUUUGGUGGCCCUCACGAGCACAAAGGUCCGGAUGAUUUCUCUGGCAAGCGCGACGACGAUGAUGAGGAAGAUGAUGACCACACACCGGCCCCCGAGGAAAUGCAAGUUCAACAAACUCACACUGCCGUUCCCCCUCACCUCCACCAGCCCGGUUUCCAGCAUGUCAACCAUGCGCCUUCCGCGUCCCCUCCCAUCACGAACGGUCUCCCGCCGCGCCAUGGUACCCCGCAAUCCCAGAUCUCCCGCCCAUCGUCAAGAAAUACCCAGAACACACAUGUCCGUCGCGUCAGCUCAAAUCUCGGUCCCAAUCAGCAUGCCACACCGCCGCCACCUGCGCAGAAUGGCUAUUACAUGUCAAACCCGUCCAUGUACAACCCGAAUGUUCACGCUGCCAUGAAUCAACCGCGCCCCGGACAGUACGCUCAGUAUGCUCAUCCUCCAGCUCCACAGGGAACACCGCCUCAGGGAAUGCCCCAUCCACAUGGUCUGCCUCAACAAAUGCCUCAACAGCAUUUCCAGCACGCACAUAACGUUGCCUCACAGCAAAUGGGAAUGCCACCGGUAUCACAUGCACCGGUACAGCAGAUACCACAGGCUUACAUGUCGGACCAGGGGCGUGGAUCGAUGCCUCCAUCUUUUGGUUCUGAUCAGAAGCGCGAUAUCCCGGAUCGCUCGGAUAUGGGUCUGAAGCCAGACAGCCAAUCACCACCCCAGCCGAAAUUCCUGUCCAAAUCUCGUAGUAUCUUCACGCCGAUUGACGAUGGCGGAUCUGUGCUAGCCCGGCAUUUUGGAGCGGGUCCCUCGAUGUACGAGUCCCCCCGUGUGAAUCAGAAUAUCAAGCCAGAUGUAUCACAUGAGGAUCUAGCACCAAAGGUAGAAUCUACGGAGUCUCGUACACAGUCGAUCCCAUCAGUCUCGGAUAUUAAGCCACCCCAGAGAACCAACAGUGGUCAGAUCCCAUCGAAACGUCCGCAGCUGAAGGUCCAGAUACCAAGUGAGAGCUCUGACAGGGGUAGUGCAACGGCCGACUCGUCUUCACGCGAUUCCGCUGGCAAUAAGACAACACCUGCCAGAGGGAGUGGGGAAAACCCUCCGCCAGGUGGUGUGGUUUUGCCGCCGCCUUCGCCCUCGGCUGGGGCAAUCCUCAGUGCAGGUGCCCAAGGGCCCCCGAACCCGUUCGCUCGUCCACCACCCCCUGGCACCCAGUCACAGAGCAAUGCUUAUGGGAAUUCCAUGAACAAUGGCAAUAGCUCCAAUAACAUUGAGACACCAAUUUCCGCCCUGCCAAGUCGCUUCGUCUCAGAUGCCCUUCUUCCAUCACCGUCCAGCUUCUUCCCCGAUUGGGGGUAUGGCCGUUCGGGACCAGACUCCAGUCUUCUGCCUAGUCCCCUCAAUUUCCCGACGCCCGCCUUGCCAAGUGGACCAAGCUUUUCAAGAGAAGAUGAACAGGACAAGAAGCGCAAGAGUCCAGACAGCGGGACACAAGACGAAGGCGUAAAUAAAAAACCAAAACCCUAA